AUGUCAGCCAUGUGGCAAUCAAUGGAAAACCGCCCACAUUUGUGUUUCUCUUCCUGUCUUGGUUAUCGGAAGCUGUGCAGUAACAAAGUCAUAACCAGCAACAAUUACCAGCGGCACCAUCAAUGUCAGCUACAGCUACUACGCAGCCAGAAUCAACAGCAGCAGCAGCAACAACACCAUCGUCACCAACAUCACCAUCUGAUUCGAUGUAAUCAUUGUCGUUAUUAUCAUUUAAAGCUCCAUGGAUGCUGUCUCAUUAAAGACUUAAAAUCACAGACGCCACAACAGCAAGAAAAACAACUGCAAAGGCAGUUAAGUGCUCUGAAACUACUUAAGCCAAGGCACGUUGGCCACAAAUCCCCUUUGAAGCAAGCCACAAAAGGAGUAGGAGCCGGGGAAGGAGAAGAACGGCUGCAAGCCCACCGUGACCAUUGCCAACACAACCACAAAAGCCACCGCCUCGAACAGCGAAACAAUCAGUUUUAA